AUGUAUACUAGUCAUCCAUCAAGGCUGAAGCCUCAGAAAGGCGCAGGAGAAAAAGACAGCGGGAAGAACUGCAUACUAUCCUGUGAGAAGAGGAAAGCAGACGAUACCGACAUUAAUAAAGACUUGAAAAAGGCGAAGUUAGAGACAAAAGCUUUGAAGGCAAAAAGGCCGGGAUUCACAGAUGACCGGUACAACGAAACGUCUUAUUAUAUUGAAAAUGGCCUCAGGAAAGUGUACCCGUACUACUUUACGUUCACAACAUUCACCAAAGGAAGGUGGGUCGGUGAGAAAAUUCUCGACGUGUUUGCGAGGGAAUUCAGGGCCCACCCGGCAGCUGAAUACGAGCGGUGCAUCCGAGCGGGGACCCUCACCGUCAACUACGAGAGAGUGGACCCUGAUUACAGAUUGAAGCACAAUGACCUUCUAGCAAACGUUGUUCAUAGGCACGAAGUACCGGUCACCAGCCAACCGAUCACCCUCGUUCAUAUCGACGAGGACAUUGUGGUUGUCAACAAACCGGCCUCUAUCCCCAAGCAACGGACGGUUGAUAUGGUUGUUCUCAAAGGCAAUUGCAACAUCAUAAGACUAUAUAAAGUCCGUAAUGAAACAAUGUUGUGUCCGUGGUGGGCCAGGCACGAGACUCCAGUGCUCGCUAGUCCUUUGCGCAUCAUACACGUGGAUGAAGAGCUACUCGUGCUAGACAAGCCUUGCUCGCUACCGGUGCACCCGUGUGGACGAUACAGGCACAACACAGUCGUUUUUAUUCUCGCAAAAGAGUACAACUUGAAAAACUUGAGGACCAUCCACAGACUCGACAGGUUGACGUCAGAAAUCGAAUGCCAAGAGCCAAUAGAAGUCGUAAGCUACAAGAUCGGAGUAUGCAAGGUAUCAGCUAAGGGCAAGGACUGCUCGACGGUGUUCAAGAGGCUAGGUUACAACGCGGCCAGCAACACCAGCGUUGUACUCUGCAAACCGAAGACCGGGAGAAUGCACCAGAUCAGGGUGCACUUGCAGUAUUUGGGUUACCCGGUAGUCAACGACCCGCUAUAUAACCACCCAGUCUUCGGCCCCCUUCGAGGAAAGGGAGGUGACACGGGUGGCAAGUCUGAUGAGCAGCUGGUGAGAGACCUGAUUGCCAUCCACAAUGCUGAGAACUGGCUGGGAGUUGACGCUGCUGAUGAUGAUCUGCUGUUCUCCAAACCGGUGUCUGAUGAUAAAGCUACCCUGCCCAGCCCAUCAAGCGGUGCGGAGGCUCCAUCGGAGGUGAACUCACCAGUGUGCACCCUGGCACCGUCACCAGUUGCAUCGCCAUCCUUCAAUGAAGACUCUAAUGAUGCCAAGUCUGAUAAAGUGACGGUGGCGACGCAAACUGGCUGCACUCCAGCGGCCACUAGCCAGGCGAGUGGACUGGCCAGUAGCUCGGCGAGCGGCUCCACCGACGCACUGUCCUCAGACCCUCACUGCUACGAGUGCCGCGUGAGGUACAGGGACCCCAGACCGAGGGACCUCGUCAUGUACCUGCAUGCGUGGAAAUACAAGGGACCCGGCUGGGAGUACGAAACGGAGCUGCCACAAUGGGCGAGCAUCGACUGGGAUGAACCAGAGAGUUCAUAGUUACAGGAAUUGACACCACUGUGGAAGCGUCUCGCAACAUCACUGACAAUCGAGAAUUAAAAAAUAGAAUUUCUCAUUGAAUUUGUACAAUAUUGUUUUUCCAAAUUUUUUUUUGUUUAAUGUAUUCUGUGGCCUAUUUAAAAGUAAGUACUGUAUUUAUUGUUAUGAAUAUUGAUGUAUUUUUCAAUUGCUUAUAAAAAUACUUAUAGCGUAAAAAUUCUUGAUGUGAGAAGUGAUCGAGUACCAAAUAGCGAGGCGCUAAACAACAUGGCUGUUACUAUUACAGUGCUCUAACGUAAGUUUUGUAAUUAACGUAAGUGAGAGUUAGAAUAAGAAUAAAGUUAUUUUAUCAGCGUUAAAAAUCGCAGUUCAAAAAACAACAUUGAAUAAAAUUUUAGUCAACUUUAGAGCACAUUUCGAUUUUUCUCUUUAAAUGACAUUUUUAUUUCAAUUCUUUCUUAGAUUUAUUUCAUUUUGUCACUUUAGUUCCUAUCGGCCUAAUUCGGUCAAGCUUUUAGUGACGUAGUUAUUGUAAGGGAACUAUAACAAUUUGUAAUAUGUACCAUUAAAAUAGUUAUAUUGCUUAAACGAGGCAGGGUCAGAACCACAAUCAUAAAUGAAUUAUAUUAAAAUGAUAAUCAUUUUUAAUAAAAAAGAAACAAUGGGAUAGCUCUUCUAAUCUUACGACGGAUUUGGCGCUCUUUUUUGAAUAGCCCGCCAAAUGUCAUUCGACGAAAUGACAGCGUCAUUUUUUUAAAUUGUUAAAAUUCGAAUGCGAGUAACUAAUAAUCUCUUAGUCGAUUUUAAAACGAUUGGGAG